CCUAUAACCGCCUCGGUUCCCCUUUCUUCCCUCACAGAUCAGUGCAGAACCAACAUCCGCCCUAACUAGCUGAUCACGUAUACUCUUGGGUCUGCGAUAUGAAAAGAGCGGAGGAGACUUGAAUUCGGAAACAUUCCAAAUACAAACGCCCAAGAUGUUCCAAUGGCGUCUGAGGAUUUUUGAAAUAUAAGUGCUCAAUUCAGUGUGAAGGCUGAAUGAGAAGCUUUCAUAGACGUCAAAUUUUAUUUCCUUUUUAUGAAGUAGAAGAUCACAGAUUACCAGUAACAGAGACUGUCUGAGAUGUCUGCAAGCUCGGAAUAUGGGAAAGAUUUUGAAAAUAAAUCAAACCUUUUUAUUCACAAGGAAAUUAACAACGAUGACCAUCCAUUUUCAUAUUUACAAAGUGAAAAAACAUUGAUAUCCUGUUUUGUUGAGCAUCAGAGAAAACACAAAGGAGAGAAGCCAUACUCAUGUUCAGAAUGUGGGAAGUGGUUUAGUCGUAAAAAUAAUCUUGAGACUCAUAAAAGAAUUCACACAGGAAAGAAGCCAUAUUCUUGUACAGAAUGUGGGAAGUUGUUUAUUCGUAAAGAACAUCUUGAGACACAUAUGAGAAUUCACACAGGAGAGAAGCCAUAUUCAUGUACAGAAUGUGAUAAAAAAUUUACUUUGAAAGCACAUCUUGUUAGACAUCUCCGAACUCACACAGGGGAGAAACUAUUUUCUUGUCCUGAAUGUGAUAAGUGUUUUAGUCAUAAACACAGUCUUCAGAUACAUCAGAAAAUUCACACAGGAGAAAUACCACUUUUAUGUCUUGAAUGUGGCAAAGGUUUUAGAGAUAAAUCAAGUCUUGUGAAACAUCAGAGAUUUCACACAGGAGAGAGGCCCUAUUCUUGUCCUGAAUGUGAGAAGAGUUUUAGUUGUAAAUCGAGUCUUGAGAAACACCAGAGAAUUCACACAGGAGAGAAGCCAUUUUCAUGUACAGAAUGUGGGAAAUGUUUUACUGAAAAAUCAAGUCUGGUGAAUCAUCUAAGAGUUCACACAGGAGAGAAGCCAAAUGCAUGUACAGAAUGUGGGAAAUGUUUUAGCCAUAAAUCAAGUCUUUUGAACCAUCAGAGAAUUCACAAGGGAGAAGACGUAUGUGUGUAAAGUCCAGAGCAAAAAAUACCAGAUAUCAGGACUUGUGGCACAUCAGAGGGCUCAGUGAGGUGGCAGUCCACUGAAAUGUUUAAAUUGUUAGAAUUUGGCAGGUGGGGAGCUCCAUUUCAGGACCUGCUGCCUAAGGACAAUUUCUCAUAUAGAACGUAACGUAAAGGUGUUUUCUAGGACUAGAUAAAUAGCUACUUUCACUGUCCUUAAGUUGAGUAAAGUAUUGGAAUCCUGCCACAUUUACUAUAAUAAAGCAAAACUACAAUAUCAGACAUAACCUAUAGACAGGUGUUUUUCUGUUUCUCAAAGAAAGUAGCCACAAUUUUCCGGUCGUCUGUUAGCGUAUCGUAU